AACAGCGAAUUACAGCCCGCUUUGUUGGAGUGCCAUCCCUCAGUAGCUAUGGUGGGUAUGAGUCUACUCAGGUCUGUCGCUGCAAUUGCAGCCAGACUGACUCCGGUGAAAUCAGGAAAUGCGGCGACAAAUUUACUUGUUCGUACAAUACCGCGUACGGAAAAAGUGGCUGUCCGUUGGGGUCAUGGAAAGAAAAUGUUUGUCAUCAAACCAACUGAGUUCUAUGACAAACGAUUUCUUCGCCUGUUGCAAUUCUACAUCCUUCUGACUGGAAUUCCAGUGGCUAUAAUUGUCACGUCUGUGAAUCUAUUCAUUGGUGAAGCGGAGCUGGUAGAAACUCCCGAGGGAUAUGAACCUGAGCACUGGGAGUACUACAAGCACCCCAUCACUAGGUGGAUUACCAGAAAUGUAUUUGAUUCUCCAGUGAAGGACUACGAAAAGAUGAUGGCUGCGAUCCAAAUAGAAAAAGAGAAGGCAGACAUGAGGCUGGCACAGCUGGAGGUGCGCCGACACAUGCGCCGGAGAGGAGACGGCCCCUGGUUUCAGAUAGAGACUCUCGACAAGAACCUAAUUGACUCCAGCCCUAAAGCAACACCUGAUAACUGAAUUAGAUCAUUGUCAGUCCGUUGUGCUGGUUUGGCGAGCUGUUUGUACAUUUUCCCCUCCUUCAUGCUUAAAUAAAAAAUAUCUAUGUUUACCUUA